AUGCCAGUGGGUACACGAAAGAAGAAGAGCAACGCAUCUGCCAAGCGUCGUUUGUUUUUCGGUAACCAAGAGAGUGAUUCAGGAAAAAAGCGUAAAGAAGUCCCAAUUGAAAUUGAGGAUGACAGCCCUCGUCCCACCCAAUCCACUCUUUCGGAGACGCCGCAAAAGAAGAUUCGCUAUGGAAGGGCAAAGGUCAUUACUCCCGACAAAGAAGACGAUAAAAAGAAAGAGGCAGAAUAUGUGCCUACUUAUAUUCACAAGAACUUGUCCUACCAUAGAAAAGGAAAAGCAAUGUUGGACCCGACAACACAAAAGACAUUUGAUUUGGUGACGCGAUUUUUCCAGGUGCCAGAGAAUUUCGAGCAAGAUCGUCGGUUUGGACCAAUUGCGGGGACAUGUUUUGAAGAAAGAAUGAUUCAGGCAUACAAUUUGGGAAUGUUGGAGCCAAUAGAGGAAGAGAAUGCUAGCAUUGAACUAUGUUCAAGCUGUGCUUCUGAAGGACACAAAAGUGUGGAUUGUCCACAGCUACUUUAG